AGCGUGAGGCAAGAGAGCCCCUGCUUCAUGGGGCAGAUCAAGAGCUGAGACCAAAGAUGGUCUAUGUUGCUGACCUUGUCCUGUCCUCCUACUGUCUUAACUAUGAUCCCUGCUGUGGUCACUGAAGCUUUUCCCUCCAAUCCAUCCUCCAUUAAGGCUGCCAGCACUUUAGGGUGCCUGCCAUCAAGAGUCCACCAUACAUGUAGGGGUGGUAUUUCACAGAGAUCAUCCUUUGGAGUGCCUAAACAGAACCAGGUGAGCAGUGGUGUGUGAGAGCCAGGCGUCCCUCUGCCUGACCAUUCAGUGGCAACUCCCUGGAGCUGCUCUGUCCUUGGUGAGCCUCAGCAGUUCCCUCUUUCAGAACUCGCUGCCAAGAGCCCUGAACAGGAGCCACCAUGCAGUGCUUCAGCUUCAUUAAGACCCUAAUGAUCCUCUUCAAUUUGCUCAUCUUUCUGUGUGGUGCGGCCCUGUUGGCAGUGGGCAUCUGGGUGUCAAUCGAUGGGGCAUCCUUUCUGAAGAUCUUCGGGCCGCUGUCGUCCAGUGCCAUGCAGUUUGUCAACGUGGGCUACUUCCUCAUCGCAGCCGGCGCUGUGGUCUUUGCUCUUGGUUUCCUGGGCUGCUAUGGUGCUCAGACUGAGAGCAAGUGUGCCCUCAUGACGUUCUUCUUCAUCCUCCUCCUCAUCUUCAUUGCUGAGGUUGCAGCUGCUGUGGUCGCCUUGGUGUACACCACAAUGGCUGAGCACUUCCUGACGUUGCUGGUAGUGCCUGCCAUCAAGAAAGACUAUGGUUCCCAGAAAGACUUCACUCAAGUGUGGAACACCACCAUGACAGAGCUCAAGUGCUGUGGCUUCACCAACUACACGGAUUUUGAGGACUCGCCCUACGUCAGAGAGAACAAUGCCUUUCCCCCAUUCUGUUGCAAUAACGUCACCAACACAGUCAAUGAAACCUGCACCAAGGAAAAGGCUGACCACCAAAAAGUAGAGGGUUGUUUCCAACAGCUCUUGUAUGACAUCCGAACUAAUGCAGUCACCGUGGGUGGUGUGGCAGCUGGAAUUGGGGGCCUCGAGCUGGCUGCCAUGAUUGUGUCCAUGUAUCUGUACUGCAAUCUACAAUAAGUACACUUCUGCCUCUGCCACUACUGCUGCCACAUGGGAACUGUGAAGAGGCACCCUGGCAAGAAGCAGUGAUGGGGGAAGUGUCAGGAUCUAACAAUGUCACUUGGGCCAGAGUGGACCUGCCCUUCCUGCUCCAGACUUGGGGCUAGAUAGGGACCACUCCUUUUAGGCAGUGCCUGACUUUCCUUUCAUUGGCGGGUGGGUGGGUGGGGGGCAUUCCAGAGCCUCUAAGGUGGCCAGUUCUGUUGCCCAUUCCCCCAGUCUAUUAAACCCUUGAAACGCCCCUAGGCCUAGUGGUGAUCCCAGUGCUCUACUGGGGGAUGAGAGGAAAGCGUUUUAUAGCCUGGGCAUAAGUGAAAUCAGCAGAGCCUCUGGGCGGAUAUGUAGAAAGCACUUCAAAAUGCAUAAACCAGUUACAAUGUUGCCA